UUCUUACGUUGUACAAAUAAAUCAGAUCAUAAUUAACUGUAUCUUUAUACAAGCAACAUGAAAAUAUACAAGUUGCAAGUUAUACUCAUGUAUUGUUAUCUGUGCUUAUAUUUAAGCGCGGGAGACCCAGUUCUGUAUCCGCCUUUUGAAUUUCGAAGAGAGCCACGUGAAAUGGGAGCGAAUAAAUUAUCGUUUCCAAAUUCAAAUUUUCCUCCGCGCGCGUAUCAUGUGCCUCAGCAACAGAUAAUUCACACUGGCGCGAUGCAAUCACAACCGGUGCCAAAUGCAGAAAAAGUUCAAACGGAAAAUACCAGCUUCUCAUACAAUAGAUUCCUCGAUGCGGUGAACGAUAUUUCUGGCAAGAAUGGAGAGGAAUACCAAAUGCGGUCGGCCAAUCAAGUCGAUGAUGUUAGUAAGUAUAAAAUUCCGCCUACUGAUGGUUAUGCUCGACCAAAUUUUGAUUCCUGGGUGCCGACGAUUCAUGAUACAGCUUCCAUCUACACACCGAUUCAACAUCAAUCAAGCAAAGCUUCGCCAAAAUUCAGUUUAUUGGAGCCCGUUUCAAAAAUGUCAGGUAAAAUGAGUGGGUUAAUGGAGUUAAUAUUCGCACUGCUAGGUUCUAGUUCUAAUAAUUUACUAACGAAAGACUUUAAGGAUAUCCUCAUUGAAGGUAUAAUAAAGCCGAUGUUUGUGGUUAAAGGCGGUAUUAAAGUAUUGAUUAGCAAGUUAUCGAUACCGCUGGUUGCAUUGGUUUUGAUUAAUGUGGAGGUGUUGGUAACCGUCUGGUGGUUGUGGGACGACUGCCAGAAACAGCAACCACAACCGUAUCAACCAUAUUAUCCGCAACCAGUGACAGAUAACUACAGUUAUAAUACUACUUAUUAAUAAAUAUGUUAUACGAUAUUUUUGUUAGUGAAAUCUAAUGUAAUUUUCACUUUCCAG